UUGGCGGACGCGCGGGGCGAGGCGGGGCGGACGCCAAGGCGAUCGCCCGCUGGUCAGGCUGUGGCGGAGGCCGUGACGGGGGUCGGCGGGAAGCGGGGUGGUGCUCAGCGAAGCCGGAGCGGCCCUGAGCUCCGCCCGCGGAGGAGGAGUGAAGCUCAGGGCGCCGGCGCGGAAGGCGGAGGGGUGAAGUCAGGCCUGAGUGGGCGGAAGCGCGCUGGAGCUGUAGGGAGGCCCGGGCGAGGGCUGGAGGGGAGCUUGAGCUGUCGGGUUCCCUCCCUCCAGGGCGUUUGGGGCGCGCACACACUCGAACACAACGCGACACGUUUUCCAAAUGUCAGACUGUUGCUUUGUCCAAUUAUAGGGCGUAGUAAGCCUACAUCCUGCCGCUGCCCUACCUCAUAUCCUGCUUUGUCAGGUCCACGUGAGACAUGGCACAAGAACGAGGACACUUACAGCUGCCCAGAGCUGAUGCUAUCCGUUCAAAACUCAUUGACACUUUCUCGCUCAUAGAGCAUUUGCAGGGCUUAAGCCAAGCUGUACCAAGGCACACUCUCCGGGAGAUACUUGAUCCUUCUUACCAGAAGAAACUCAUGUCAGGAGAUCAGGAGCAGCUAGUGCGCUUCUCCAUAAAGCCCCGGCGAAUGGGGCACAUUACACAUACUCAGCGGUUGCUGAGCAGGCUUCGAGUGCGGUGCAGUCGAAGGCCACCUCUUUCCUUGUGGGCUGGAUGGGUCCUUGAGAGUCCUAUCUUCUCGAAAUUCAUCAUCUCCCUCAUCUUUCUGAAUACCUUUGUGCUUAUGGUUGAAAUAGAAUUGAUGGAAUCCACAAACACUGCUCUGUGGCCAUUGAAGCUGGCUUUGGAGGUGGCAGAUUGGUUUAUCUUGCUUAGCUUCAUUGUAGAGAUACUUCUAAUGUGGUUGGACAGCUUUUAUCUGUUCUGGAAGAAUGCCUGGAGUGUUUUUGACUUUGUUGUUACCUUGUUGUCUCUGCUUCCUGAGUUUGUGGUGGUGAUGGGAGUCCCGGCGCACUCUGUGUGGCUCCAACUGCUGAGGGUCUCUCGGGUGCUGAGGUCUCUCAAACUGUUUGCACGAUUCCCUCAAAUUAAAGUUAUUCUUUUGGCUCUGGUCAGGGCCCUGAAGAGCAUGACGUUCCUCUUGAUGUUGCUGCUUAUCUUCUUCUACAUUUUUGCUGUGACUGGUGUCUACUUCUUCAGAGAAUAUUCCCGUUCAAGUAUCGAGGGCCUGGAGUACAACAUGUUCUUCUCGGACCUACUAAAUUCCGUGGUGACAGUGUUCAUCCUCUUCACCUUGGAUCAUUGGUAUGCAGUACUUCAGGAUAUCUGGAAGGUGCCAGAAUCUAGCCGUGUCUUUAGCAGCAUCUAUGUGAUCCUUUGGUUGCUGCUUGGCUCCAUAAUCUUUCGAAAUAUCAUAGUAGCCAUGAUGGUUACUAACUUUCAGAAUAUGAGAAAUGAGCUGAAUGUGGAGAUGAACCACCUGGAGAUUCAGUAUAGAGCUGACAUAUUCAAGCGACAGGUUAUUCAGAGGAGACAUCAGUCUGAAUCACUGAGAGGAACCAGUCAAGGAAAGGUCUCCGAAGACAUAGUAGAAACUUCUGAUGUCAGUGAUGAAGACAAAAGCGAUGCUGAUGAAGACAAUUCUAGCGAAAGCAAUAAGGAGACAAGUGAUAGUGAGAAAAGCGAUAAUGAGAAAAGCGAUAGUGAGGAAAGUGAUGUCGAGAAAAGUGAUCCUGAGGAAGACUAUGCCAAGAAAAGUUCUCCUGAGAAAAGCUCUCCUGAGAAAAGCUCUCUUGAGAAAAGCUCUCCUGAGAAAAGCUCUCUUGAGAAAAGCUUUCCUGAGAAAAGCUCUCCUGAGAAAAGAUCUCCUGAGAAAAGCUCUCCUGAGAAAAGCUCUCCUGAGAAAAGCUAUGAUGGAAAAGCUGAAACUGAAAAAGUACAAAAAGAGCCAAAAGAAAAAGCCCACCCAACUUCCCCUUCCAACUCAUCCCAUGGCUCCAUUGCAGUUGACAUUGCUUUCCUCGAAAACCUGGACUGGGAGACUCUUGUGCAUGAGAACCUGCCUGGGCUAAUGGAUAUGAAUCAGGAUGACCGUGUUAUUUGGCCCAGAGAUUCACUUUUCCGAUAUUUUGAGUUACUGGAAAAGCUUCAGUAUAACCUAGAGGAGCGCAAGAAGUUGCAAGAAUUUGCAGUUCAGGCACUGAUGAGUUUUGAAGACAAGUGAAGGUACAGUGGGUGACAGCUGUGUCUUUGGACCCAGCAAAAGCUAAUGAGGAAAAUAAUUGGAAUUUAAAAUAUAAAUUUCUAAUAAAUACUGCUAAUAAAUGGUAAGUUCCUGGUAA